CGGGCAGAUGCGGUGGCGGAAGUGCUGGGACGUGGUCGGGGCCGAGCUAGACGUCUAGGAAGCCGCGGCCGCGGGUCCUCCAGCCCCGAGCAGCUGCCGAGCCUCUGCGUGAUCGCAGUGAGGAAGGCUCGGGCACCGGCGAGAUGCCUCUGUUCACCGCCAACCCUUUCGAGCAAGAUGUGGAAAAGGCUACAAAUGAGUACAACACUACAGAAGAUUGGAGUCUUAUUAUGGACAUAUGUGACAAAGUUGGAAGCACUCCUAAUGGAGCAAAAGAUUGCCUAAAAGCCAUAAUGAAAAGGGUAAAUCAUAAAGUUCCUCAUGUUGCUCUGCAGGCAUUAACUCUUCUUGGGGCUUGUGUGGCAAACUGUGGAAAGAUAUUUCAUUUAGAAGUGUGUUCCCGUGAUUUUGCAACAGAAGUACGUGCUGUGAUAAAAAAUAAGGCUCAUCCUAAAGUAUGUGAAAAACUGAAAUCUUUAAUGGUAGAAUGGUCAGAAGAAUUUCAGAAGGACCCUCAGUUUAGUCUAAUAUCUGCAACUAUUAAAUCUAUGAAAGAAGAAGGAAUUACUUUUCCUCCAUCAGGUUCUCAGACUGUCUCAGCUGCUGCCAAGAACGGUACAUCAUCGAACAAAAACAAAGAAGAUGAAGAUAUAGCUAAAGCUAUUGAAUUAUCAUUGCAAGAGCAGAAGCAGCAGCACACAGAAACAAAAUCCUUAUAUCCAUCUGCAGAAAUUCAGUCAAAUAAUAAAGGUGCAAGGAAAGUGAGAGCUUUAUAUGAUUUUGAAGCCGUUGAGGACAAUGAACUUACCUUUAAACAUGGUGAAAUUAUUAUUGUUUUGGAUGACAGUGAUGCUAAUUGGUGGAAAGGAGAAAAUCACAGAGGAAUAGGACUCUUCCCAUCUAAUUUUGUAACAUGUAAUUUAAACAUAGAAUCAGAGGCAGCAGCUGUGGACAAAUUGAAUAUAAUUGAUGAUGAGGAGGAGGAAAUUAAGAAAUCAGAGCCUGAGCCUGUUUAUAUAGAUGAGGAUAAGAUGGAUAGAGCCCUGCAGGUACUGCAGAGUAUAGAUCCAACAGAUUCAAAACCAGAUUCUCAAGACCUCUUGGACUUAGAAGAUAUCUGCCAACAGAUGGGUCCAAUGAUAGAUGAAAAACUUGAAGAGAUUGAUAGGAAGCAUUCAGAAUUGUCUGAAUUGAAUGUAAAAGUCUUAGAAGCUUUGGAACUUUAUAAUAAGUUGAUGAAUGAAGCGCCAGUAUAUGCAGUCUAUUCAAAGAUCCACCAUCCAGCACAUUACCCAACUUCAUCAGCUGGAGUUCCAAUUCAGACAUACCCAGUUCAACCACAUGGUGGAAACUAUAUGGGUCAAAGUAUUCACCAAGUCACGGUUGCCCCAAGCUACAGCCUAGGACCGGAUCAGAUUGGUCCACUGAGAUCUCUGCCUCCAACUGUGAAUUCCUCAGUGACAACACAGCCUGCUCAAAUUCCGUACUUAAGCACUGGACAAGACACUAUUUCCAAUCCUACUUACAUGAACCAGAACUCUAACCUUCAAUCAGCUCCUGGUGCAGCUGCUUACACACAGCAGAUGGGGAUGUCUGUGGAUAUGUCAUCUUACCAGAACACUACUUCCAACUUGCCGCAGUUGGCAGGCUUUCCGGUGGCAGUUCCAGCUCAUUCAGUUGCACAGCAGCAAACAAAUUACCAUCAACAGCAGCCUCUCCUUUAAAAUCAAACCAAGCAUUUUCUUGAAAGCCUUCAUAAGUGUACUACUCAACCCUUGUGAUUAUAAUCUGAAAAUAUUAAAAGAAGGAAAAAAAAAUUUUCUCAACUGAAAAGACCCAUGAAUAAAUAAAGCACAAAAACCUGUCUUUCUUUUUAUGCUAUAAAAAGUUCUUUUCAAGUACCAGCUUGUUUGAAGUCAGACUUUUGAUCAGAGGCCGCUUCAAGUUGCUUCCAGUUAGUUCUUUCUUACUUUCAAAUCUCUCUACACAAAUCUGGACAAACAAGUAGCCUUAUGACACUAAACAACAAGAGAUAGGAGUGUAGGAGUGUAUAAGGAAAGCAGCAUUUACCCCUAAAUUGUCAUGGUAAUUGGGAAAGCACUGAAACCUUUAAGUACUUUCUGUCUGCUCUCUUUUUUUCAGUUUCCCACAUACCAUUGUUUAAAAAGGCGAACAUGUUUUGUGCAGGCAUUUAGCUUCCCUGCGUAUUUCCUUUGUUUCCUUAAAUUGCAGUUGUGUUUGCAGUACUGUCAGUUUUGCUCUCAGUGAUGUGUUGAGUAAUAAUUAGCAUAGAAUUGUCUACGAAAGGAAGAGCACUUUGGGAGGAACAGAAAUGUUUUCUGUUAUUAUUAGUGAAGACCAUGUAAAUGCAGAUGUGUGUUAAAGUGUUUAGCCAGUUCUCCAGUCAUGCCAACAGUGGGUUGAGGGAUGCCCCAUGAAACAUUUCCAUUCCCUGGGGAAAAAAUAAAAAACAUUUUUUCCUACAAGGGUCCUUAGCAUUUAGAAUUGUCACUUAACCUUUUCAAGUGGUUUUGGCCAGCAUCUAAUGAAGAUACAAGGUCCGUUUGGUUUUUUUUUUUGGUCGGUCGGUUGGUUUUGUUUUUCUGCAGCAUGGUGUGCAGAGACCCUGCAUUUCCUUUUUACAGACUGUGUGAAUUUGAGCUACGAGACAUUCCUAAUAACUUGAUGCAGUGUAUACCAGGCGUGAAUAAUGUGUGUUUUUACUGAUGUGUUGUUUUUUUAAAAGGUGAUUUGAGUACCACUGGUAUGCCAGACUGUUGACAAUUUUGGCCAUUGCUUUCAGAAGUAAUCUUGAGCUUGUGGAAUAAUAACAGGCAGUGGAUUUAUAGGGAAGCCAUCAAGACAGGUUUCCUGAAGCCUAUGUUCUAGGUGAGUUUGAAGUGCUAAAAAUUCCACGUACUUUGGGAGUUAGGUAGUGAACCAGUAGGGAUUGUUUUCUUUCCUAAGAAUUUGGACCACUACUGCAUCAUCUACCAACCUUCUAGAUAGCACAAAAUGUGAAUACAUAUGCUUACAGAUUCAUGGUAUUUCAACUGAGAGAAACAAUGGAUGUAAAGUUAAGUUUUUAAAAAUUUAACUAGCAGGAAUUCCCUGGCUCUCCGGUGGUUAUGACUUGGCGCUGUUACCACUGGGGUCCAUAUUCAAACUAAGAUGCAGCAAGCUGCAAAAAUAUAUAAACUUGCAUGGAAGCAAGAUUUCUAUAUUGUUUUUUAAAGAAAGCCCUUAAUCUUUCUACUAAGAAUCCAUUUGAAGAUAGUGCUCUGGAAAUAUUUGUCAUUUCUGUAUUUAUAGAAAUUCCAUUAUAAAUAUGUUCCUUUUUCAAAGAAACUAUAUUCUGGGAAAAAACAGUCUUCUAUAUACUACUUGGUCUACAUUUAAAGGGAAAAACAAGCAGAAUUUGAAAAACCCAAUUUCUGUCAUUGUUUUAUUUCAGAUAUAAGUAACUGGAAAGAAACUUUUAACCUUUGAUGUCUGUUUUCUGUUUUUUAUCCAGUAUUUUCCUUCCAUGUGAAUUCAGUUAUAUACUUGUAAGAAAUUCUAAAAUAGCACCUUACUUUUUUGGAAAUGAAUCUUCUAUAAAGAAAACAAAACAGAAAAAACAUUUUCAAAACCUCUUGAUAAUAAUUAACGUUUGCAUAAUAUAUGAAAAAUCUUAAAUUUUCCUCCCAAACAAUAUUUAAUAGUUAUUUUAAUGUUUGUGUAAAUAAUUUAUGUAUAACUGUGAUCUGAGUUGUAAAAGCUUGAUUCUGUGUAAGUCUUUGAAUUACAAUAAAUACUGCACACCCACUAA